AUGCUGGCCUCGGCUCUCCUCGUCUCUCAGGCUACUGCCAAGAGCUCGGACAACAAGGUCAAGUGCAACAAGAUCCUCGAGGGCCCCGUUGUGCUCGGAACCUCUGGCCAGUCCAACCCCUCGCAGAACCUUCACGUGCACAACAGCUCUCCUGCUACCAACGGCAACGCAAUGCUCGGCAAGGCAGACAAGGAGACUUGGGCUGCGUACUGGUCGUGCACUGGCUUUGACGGCCACAACAACACCUCUCCCAGCAAGAACACCUACUUUGGUCAGCUCCGUGUUGCCGACACUUGGUGCUACACGCUCGAGCCGGGCACCCACGGUGUCCAAAAUGGCCUCGUUCUGGAGGAGUGCGCCUGGGAUGCCAGCGAGGAGCUCUCGAAGCAGUGGAUCCAUGGCUCUUGGCAGGAUGACUUCUUCGAGAUCACUCCCACUGUUACGGACAAGAGUGGCUCGAGCAAGCUCUACUCGCAUGUUGCCGUCCACGACGACUUCCACGACACUCUUGACUUCUCGGGCAAGAAGCCCACCAAGCAGACUGUGGCUAUCAAGUACCAGUAA